UCCAAUGUCUGCUAUCGCGAAAGUUGAAAAAUCUGCUCAACACGUGGAGAGGGGUAGGAAAAGUUUCAAACAUUUACACGGCAACGAUCGACAUUAUGCAAAAUUGUUGCAUCGAGAAGCUGAUCAGUAUUACUUGAGAGAAGAUUACGAGAUGGCUUUGAACCUACAUCACAAAGCAGUGAAUAUGUAUCCAUCAGAUAAUAGUAGUCAUAGUGUUGCUGUAAGGGGGACAACGUCAGCCGUAAGCUCAACAGUGGCUAAUCCGUCGUCGUCAUCGUCGUUGGCUUUACGGAAGCUUUUGCCCAAGGCACAAAAUGGGGUAAAAUUGUCCACGACCUUAUCUACCCCAUUGGCUGGGAUUGAGAACAUUGUCAAACAAUCCACCAAUCCGUCUCGUGACUUUCCCGAAAUUCUCCAUAUUGAAAGGUUCUUGGAUCGGAGGGAAAGAAUCAAAAAGCUCUCAUCAUCAAUGUCGAGCGACAUGGUGCAAAGAGUGUCACGCACCCAAAUGAUGCAACGUCAAUUAUUGUUCCAAGCAAAUACCAGUUUGACAAAUCUCAAAGAACACUUCAUCGCCGGUGAUGUAGAUUCAACGUUAAAAUUAGCCAGAGAGAUAAUUUUCCUCUCAUCAGGAUUGGAACUACCCUAUCGAUAUCAAGUCGAGGCUUACAGUUGUCUGGCGCUAAUUAACGUUUCCCAACGAAGACACGAUCGUGCAGUAAACAACGUCUCACAAAUGAUCAAUGCUGCAAGAGCCUCAGGCAAUACUGCAUUGUUUACCAAAUCUCUAGUGAUUUUGGGCGUCGUACACAUCAGCUUUGAUCACUACGACGCUUUGUCUCGAGCAUGGAAUUUCCUCCUACCGGAAGUCAACGAUUUAGUGCCAAGGGCGUGGAUUCAUCACGAAAUUGGUCGCUGCCAUUUCGAAUGUCAAAGAUACUCACAAUCAUUACAACUAUCCAUAGAAUGUCAAAAACUCUCCCUAUUAUCGAAUUCAAAAAAAUGGUUCCGUUACGGUCAACUAUUAACCGGACAAUCAUUACUAAAACUCGGUCGUUUUGAAGAUGGGCUAAAAACUCUAAAACUUGUCGGAAUAAUCACAGAGGAGGUGGGCGAUACAACAACUUUGGAGUACAUCCGAAGUCUUAUCAAUCAAGUGUCGGGAAUUUUAACCCAAGGCUCUGGUGAAAUGGCCAAUGUAGUUUCAUCGAUCGACUCCUCGAGGGAAAAGAAAAUUCUAAAGGAUCGUCAGUCUUUCAGAGAGUUCUCCUCCUCAGCAGAUAAGACGUUCGACAAUGAAAUCAGUUCAAUAAAAAUAGACAACAUUGAGGACCAUCACUCGAUCACUACAAGUGACCAUAUUGUCAAUGAAGAUUGCGAUCUCGACUCCAUCACAAGCAGGGACUCUGAUAAGACAUACGUCAUUCGAAAAGACCAAUAUCAAAUUCUCGGUGAAAAUUCUCCUCGUGAAAUACCAUCCCCCUCAUCAUCUUUAGAUCCCUUUCACUCGAGUCACUCUCAUGGUGACUUUUUUUUUCAACACAAUACCUUGCAGAAUGAUAUUCUCUCUGCGAUGAUAGAAAAUCAAAAUGAUGGGUUUGACAUUGAUGACAGUAUAGCAAUAGAAGAAAUUUUGGUAGAUAAAUCAAUUGUGACAAACAAAAAUGUUGUGGAGAAAAAUGAUCAAAGUUCGUUUUCAAGUUAUUCUAAAUUUCAGUACAACAAGGAGGCGAGGAAAAAUAUUUCUAAAAAUAGCAUAACAUCGAUAUUUCCAGAUGAACAAAAGUUACUUCUUAUCGAUAAGAAUUGGCGAUUAUUUCUUGAGAAUAAAAAUUAA